AUCCCUCCAGCUCGUCCAGAGAGCCUCCGGCGUGCACUACGCGGUCCCAGGCCCCCAAAAAAAAAUAUUCUCGCUCGACAUUUGGUUUCAGCGGCGCCUGAAAACGCCCUUGCUACGGCCGUAGAGAAAGACUUCUGACAGCCUCCUACCACCACUCCUUCUGACGUCCCCAAGAACCAGGCUGACAGAGCCUCAGAGCCCGGCCACCAGGAGGUGUGCCGCGGCAGCGCCCAUUUGCGGCCCGGGAAGCGGGGACCGGCCCAAAUACCCCGCGGCAGGCGGCCCGGGGACGGCGUGAGGACACGGGUGAAAUCCUGUGCCUCGAGAACGAGGCGAUGGCGGCGCACGCGCAAGCGGCGCAAAAGCCGACGCUCUUCAUCGUCCGCCACGGCGAGCGCGUCGACGAGACGAGCCACAAGGCGGCCUGGAAGGCCCAGACGCCGGCGAACCGAAGGUUCGACCCGCCGCUGACCGAGCAGGGCGCGACGCAAGCCAGAACGGCCGCCGAGUUCCUGCGCAGCCAGUGCUUCGACCGCAUCUAUGCGAGCCCCUGCGCGCGGACCCUGGCGACGGCGAAGGAGCUCUCCGAAGCGCUCGGUGAUUUACCGGUCACCGUGGUCCCCGCGCUGGCGGCUUGUGCCGCGGCCGUGAAGAAGCGAGGUCUGGAGAACCUGCCCUUCCUCGCGCCGACGGAGAUGGCGCGCAUGUGCCCCAGGAUCGAUUCCUUCGGCGAGUCGGCGCCGAAGUCCUUUGAAGCGGCGUGCGCCUGGGUGUCGCAGCAGACGCCACAAGCGUUAGUUGUCUCCCACCGCGAGGGCAUCCGCGACCUGGCCCACGAGAAGCUCAAGCUGCCCUACUGCGCCGUCGGCGUCUUCGAGAAAGGCGGAGAGGACUGGGUCCUCAAGGCACUGCACCGCAACACGGGCGAGCUGCUCGUGAGCCGCGGCUGACCCCCCUAUUAUCCUACGGCCGGCCCGCCCCCCAAGAAAACUUAUAAAAUCUAUUGUAUUAA